AUUCACCAGACGCUCAUCGCAUUGUGAUUAACGUGAUGCUCCCGAACAUUGCGAUUUAAGAAAUACGUAUCAUCACAGCUUCGAGUUGAACACCCAGGGAAUUUGUAUCCUGAAGCGUCCUAACCGAAAGUCGGACCUCGAUCAAGUCAGAACCGGGGACGCCUCUUACCUCCAUAUGAACCCGCACCAGACUUGACCUAUGACUUCCGCAGAAUAUGGGCGGACAUAGAGACAUCUGAUCCAUCUGACUCAUCAUUAACAGAUAGGCCGAUUUACUGUUGAGAUAUGCAGUACAACUCGGCACGGUCUUCGGCUUUUUGAGUAUCAUAACACUUCGGGCUUUCGCUACGGACAUUGAUCUCGCAAAGAGUGGUCCGAAAAUACACCUCCAAGAUAACCAUGUUUGAGAAAUCUCUCUAUGACCUGAUCCGCGGGUUGCGGAACCAUAAGGGAAAUGAACGACAGUAUAUCCAAGACAGUGUUCGCGAGUGCAGAAGAGAGAUCAAGAGCCAAGAUAUGGAUCUCAAAGCUACUGCCUUGCUCAAAUUGACUUAUCUGGAAAUGUUCGGCUAUGAUAUGUCAUGGGCAUCUUUCAAUGUGCUUGAGGUCAUGUCUUCUCCAAAGUAUUUACUAAAGCGGGUGGGCUACCUAGCCGCUGUUCAGAGUUUUCGGGCCGAUACAGAAGUCCUCAUGUUGGCAGAAAAUUUGCUGAAGAAGGAUCUUAUGUCUGUUACACCUGCCAUUAUAGGUCUUCCUUUGGGAGCUGUUCCGCAUGUCAUCAAUCCCACCAUGGCAAACAGCCUUCUGUCGGAUCUUUUACCACGCUUGUCUCACUCUCAGGUCUCAAUUCGUAAGAAAACGGUUGUGACAUUAUACCGACUGGCUGUGGUCUAUCCCGAGACUCUUCGGCCGGCUUGGCCCAAGAUCAAAGAACGCUUGCUAGACGAGCAAGAAGAUCCAAGCGUCACUGCGGCUGUCGUCAAUGUGGUCUGCGAGCUAGGCUGGAGGCGACCUCAGGACUUUCUUCCCUUGGCUCCUCGAUUGUUCGAGAUAUUGGUAGAGGGCAAGAAUAACUGGAUGGCUAUCAAGGUCAUCAAAUUGUUCGCAACUCUUACACCCCUUGAACCUCGGCUGGUCAAGAAAUUACUCCCCGCGCUCACAAACAUCAUCAAAACCACAAUGGCGAUGUCAUUACUGUAUGAAUGCAUCGACGGAAUUGUCCAGGGAGGGAUCCUUGACAGUGUUCAAGGGACGGCUGAGGGAGACGAAGUUGCUCGCCUGUGCGUCAGCAAAUUGAGGGGAAUGCUCACCGUAGAGCGAGACCCAAAUUUGAAAUAUGUGGCCCUCCUAGCAUUCCAGAAGAUCGUCAAGUCCCAUCCCGACCUGGUAAAUGCUCAUCAUGACGUCGUCCUCGAAUGCAUUGACGACGAAGACAUCUCCAUUCGCGCGUGCGCUCUCGAUUUGGCGGGAGGCAUGGUCGAUGGUGAGAACAUCAUGACGAUUGUGGACCGGCUAGUCAAGCAACUGCUCACAGCGCCAAUAAAUGCGCCAGAAGAUGAUCCGAAAAAUGAUCGUGUCCGAAAUGAUGGAAUGCUAGCGGUGGCUGAUUCGGAUGGCGAAGACCCAGAAACGUCAUUACAAGCCGCCGAGAAUAUUACUCAACAAGCAAUUCCGCUGCCACUGGAGUUUCGAAACCUGGUCAUACGGCGCAUCUUGGACAUGUGUUCUCGAGAUACGUUUGCAAACAUCACAGACGACUUCGAGUGGUACCUCCGUGUGCUUCUGAGCCUUGUCAAAGCCUGUCCUCCUCCCUCUCCUUCCUCAAUCGUAGAAGAUGAUGUGUCAAAAGAGAUCGGGAAUCAACUCCUUAAUGUGGGCGUGAGAGUCAGAAGCAUGAGACAGGAAGCUACUAAAGCAGCUGAAUCGUUGGUACUCCUCGAGAAUCGGGGUCAGCUGUUUCCUGAAUCUAGCACUGGGGGCCAAGGUGUCCUCAAUGACGCAGCGUGGCUUGUCGGUGAGUAUUCUGAGUACCUCAGAGACCCCUCGGCAGUCCUUUCCUCUCUAGUACACAGCUCGUCCACUCUACUGCCAGCAGAAACAUUAAUUACCUAUGUUCAAGCGAUUCCUAAAGUAUUAGGGGCCAUUGGGAAAGUUCAAGUCUCGCCUUGGACCGAAGCAAGGCGGUCACGGAUGUCGCUGUUGCUUGGCCGUGCUUCAUACUUUUUGGACGGAUUGAAGACCCACCCCGACUUAGAGGUUCAAGAGAGGUCUGUCGAGUACCUUGAACUCAUCAAACUCAUUUCUGAAGCUGUUCUUGCUCAAGCGGAAGGGACGGAUCAGCCGAUCCUUGAGGCACCUUUACUUCUUACUCAAGCACUUCCGUCAUUGCAUUCUGGGAUGGAAUUAAAUCCGGUUGCGCCAGCAGCGCAACGGAAAGUAACUAUUCCGGAAGCCUUGGAGUUGGAGAAACCGAUCCACGAAGACCUCAGUUCCUUAUUGAUCGAGCACUUCGAACAAGAUGUGGAUACGGUGGGCGAGUACCGCUCAUUUUACUUCGAGAAGGAAAGGAGAAGAUUGGACGCAGUCACAGCGGCAGAAAGACUAGAGCCUCCCAAGCUGGAGGUAUCGUCCUAUCAAAACUCUAGUGAUGAGGGUGAUUCGGACACAAAACGGAGACAGCAACUUGAGCGGCAGGAGAAAUAUAGAGACGACCCUUUCUACAUAGGUGGGGCUAGGGGAUCCGGCACCUCCACACCUAUCCACGAUAUCCUGAAAGCAAACAAUGGCGAUCAAGUGGACAUCGACGCGAUACCUAUCAUGGACUUGGAUCUGACCGAAAGGAGCGACGCUGAACCUAGCAGCCGAAAUGGACAGUCACUCACAAGCACCCGACGCAAACCCAAGAGGGACAUACAGAUAUUGGGCGAUGAAAAUCUUGAGGACGCCGAUGCCGGUUCGGUCGAUACUCCGCGUCUCUCAAGCGUGCCAUCCCACCUUGACAGGUCAAAGAAGUCUGCUCUGCUUCAGGUUGACUCUAGUGGCCUGGGAUCUUUUUCAUUGCUGGGCAACCAGGGCAAUCAGCUUUAUAUUGAGCAGCGUGAGGCGGAAGAAAAGGCAUUGCGAGAAAUCGAACGUCUACGCUUAGAAAUGGAGAGGGCAUCAAUCAGGGUGCAGGAUCAUGUUGGGCCACCGGAAGGGACCAUAGUGAGGAAAAAGAAGAAGUCGAAAGUUGCUAAGGAUCUGGCAUCAGAAGGGACGGAAGAGGUCAAGAAGAAGAAGAAGAAGAAGAAAAAGACAAAAGCUGCGACCCCAAUGGAAGGGAUGGGACAGCAAGCCGCACAAGAGGAUUCACUGGCACCGACAACCAAGGUCAAGAAGAAGAGACGACAAGUGGCAUUCGAAGAGCCUUCAUAAGACGAGUACCGCUUUUGUUACCAAGUCGAAUGACAGAAAAUCUUUUACAAUGCUCCGAGACCGAUGAGCCUUUUGACUCUCAACCAACCCAUCCCAUGUCGUGCUAUAGUCAGAUUGACCCGCCACCUAGACGCCAUAUAUAUGAAUAAUGCACGGAGUUCCGUGCGAAUGCAGUGAACUCAAAUAUGACAGUGAUUGCUCGGCCUUUGCCUGCCUCUGCUUCGCACGCUGUUCCGCUCUUCCAUCGCCCCGUUUAGAAAAACAUCCG